AUCAUUACGCGGAAAUAGCUCCAAAAAUUAGGGAGAAAUCUCGUAAGAAAAUAUUAGAACAUUUGGUAGGCAUUUGUGGAAAUUAUAGCCCUACUUGUUUAGUCAAUUUAAAAGAGAGAGUUGAGGGUUAUCAAACCGAAGCAGAAAAAUUUCAAGCCCAAAUCGAGAAUUUCCGUGUUUGGGGAAUUGGUUUAAUAGGAAAAUUAAAGAUAGAAGGUUUUUUGCAAAAUAUUAGUAGUUUAGAGAUUACAAAUUGCGGUAUUGAGGAACUCGAUAUUAGUGAAUGCGUUAAUUUACAAGAAAUAUUUCUUGCCAAUAACAAUUCUCUUACUAACUUUAAUUUUUUAAGGCAAUUGCCUUAUCCCGCCAAAUUAAAAAGUUUUACAGUUAUGAAUACUAUCAUGAAUGAAAGAACCGAUAUAGAAAUUUUCCAACCCUUUAUCAAUUUAGAAGUUUUAAGAAUAAAAAUAUGUAGAAAUUUAGAUUUCGAAAAGGAAGGAAAAACAUAUCACAACAGUUUUUUUGGUUCCUUAGAGUCUUUAAAAAAUCUAAAAAAAUUAAAAUGGUUGGAUAUAAGCGAUACCGACAUUGAUAACGGCUGA